AUGAUCGAGGAAAUCGACAGCGCCACCUACACCAAGCACUACUUUGAAAAGGCGAGUCCUGAGAUGCAGGCGCAGCCGGCUGCCGUGAUGCAUCCCACAGCCGUCAGGGUGUAUGGCGAGCUGGGAUCCGAGCCGCAGGCCUUCCUGGGGGCCGCGCUCGACUUCCUGGCACAGCAGAGCACCUUCUUUGCGCAGCCCGGCGCCGCCGCCGCCGUGGCGCAGCUGGCGCAGCGCCACCUGCCGGCCGGCGCAACCGCCACGCCGCCCGUGUCCACACCCCCAGCCGCACCGUCGGCAGCAGCGGCGCCCUCGCCGCCCGCCGCCGGCCCGGCUGCAGCAGCCCCGCCCGCACAGCCGCCGCUGCCUGUUGCGGAGCCGGCAGCGGCGCGUGCCCAGCCGGACGCAGGGCAGGCGCCAGCCGCGGGGAGCGCCGGGGAGGAGGCGCAGCAGGAGGAGGGCACCGGCAUGAAGCCCAAUGUGGGGAAUGGCGCCGACAUGGGAUCCUACUCCUGGACCCAGACGCUGGGCGAGGUGGCGGUGGUUGUGCCGGUACCGCCCGGUACCAAGGGCCGCGCCUGUGACAUCGCCAUCUCCCGCGACAAGCUGCGGGUCGGGCUCAAGGGCCAGCCGCCGGUACUGGACGGCCCGCUGUUUGCGUCUGUCCAGCCCGACGAGUGCCUGUGGAGCGUGGUGGACGGGCGGCAGCUGGAGCUGACGCUUACAAAGAAGGACGGCAUGCAGUGGUGGCGGUGCGUGGUGCAGGGGCAGCCCGAGAUUGAUGUGCAGAAGGUGGAGCCAGAGGCCAGCAAGCUGACAGACCUGGAGCCCGAGAUGCGCGCCACGGUGGAGAAGAUGAUGUACGACCAGCGGCAGAAGGCCAUGGGGCUGCCCACCAGCGAGGAGCAGCACAAGGCGGACCUGAUCGAGCGCUUCAAGGCGCAGCACCCGGAGAUGGACUUCAGCGGGGCCAAGAUCGAGCUGUGA